CAAAUACUUUGCGCACACAAGUACCAACGAUCGGGCCAUGACCGACUCGACGCCCGGCGUGCGGCCGGCAGCCCUUACGACUGGCGCCUCCCGCAACGUGCUCAUCAUCGACGGACAGUACGCUUCGAUCGGCGCCCGUGGGCUCGCCGGCGGCAAGAUCGAUUUUAAGCUCCUGCGAAGCACGCUCGAGACGUUAGUCGGCGCCGAGUUUAGCGAGUGCUGGUACUUUGACCACGAGCCCAUUAGCGCCAAGAGCGCGUACCAGAGCCAGAAUCCGUUCAUCUCGGCGCUCAAGCUCGCGCCGCCUCUCGGCCCGCAGUUUCAAGUAAAAAUGUACGCGAUGAAAAAGUACAAAUGCCACUGCCCGAGCUGCGGCCACAGCUUUACGCAGCACGUGCAGAAGGGCGUCGACAACGGCCUCGCGACCAAGAUGCUCUCGCUGGCCUACGAAGACAUGGCCGAUCGCAUCGUUCUCUUUGCAGGGGACGGGGACUUUUAUGACACGCUCGACUUGGUCCGGAACGUUCGCCGAAAAGACCUUUGGGUCGUCGGCUACCGCGACUCGGUCUCGGCCGACCUCCAACAGCUGGCGUCCAAGGUCAUUUGGAUGAACGACCUCCGUAACAUCACGCAACAGCCAUCCGCAGCAUUGGCGCCAGGCCGCGGCGCCCCGGUGCCUUCCACGACGCGGCACAGUGUGUACGUGGGUCGACUACCGAGUGCAACGACCGAAGCCCUUUUGCACGAGGCGUUUGAGCACUGCGGCCCGAUGCUCUCGAUGCGGCUGCACGCGGCCCGCGGCUUUUGCUUUAUCGAUUUUCCCACAGACGAUGCUGCCGACCUCGCGUGCGAGCUCAACGACACCAAGCUACUCGACCGACGCAUCGUGGUCAAUCACGAGCGACCCAAUGGAAAGCAGCGGCCAUCGCCAUCGCCCGAGACGACGACAACAACGUUGCCCGCAGCAGCGCCGCGCGCAUUGUCCAAGCGCAAGCAGCAGCCAGUGGCGCCCGAGGCACCGACCAGCAAGAAACCAAAGAAAUCGAAAUCAAAAUCGAAAUCGGCAAAAGCACCAUGCCGCGUGCUCGUGAAUGGUCUCGUGCCAGGGACUACCGAACGUGACGUGCGCGCGCUCUUUGGCCCAUUUGGCGCGAUCGAGCAUGUGGUGCUGGAUAGCGGCCAGCUCCCGGUGCGGUCGUGCUACAUCACAUUCCGCGACGAAGCGAGCGUAGCCCUGGCCAAGCGCCUCGACGGGUCCCGCCGCCAAGACGUCGUGCUCCGCGUCGAAACGCCGACCGAAGGCCCAAAGAAGAAUCAACCAGGCGAGAUCAAGACAGCAAAUCGCAUGGUUGACUUGGUCGAAGCAGACUGCGACUCGGAUGCGUGGCCCGCUGCACGACCAAGAAAUGUGCGAGAAACCGCUGCGGCGCGGAACCAUGAAGUCAUUGACCUCUGCUUCUCGGACGACGACAACAGCGACGAUGACGCUGCGGACGACCAAGACACGGACGACGAUAGCGAUUUUUAGGACCUUUGCUUUCGAGUGUUCGAUGCAAGGGACAUAUUGCGUUGCGAAGCUACCCUAGCCCUAGACCGUAUGUGUGGGAAAGUUGAGCUGCUAAAUGACGUAGAAACACUGGGUGGACACGUGUUCUGAGCCGCA